AUGGGGUCUGUCGGGUCACACAUCUGCUGCUUUCUACGCCGGGCAUGCGAUCCGGAGCAGCGUGUUGAGAUGCGAUCCUUGGCAGCCCAACCUGUCCCAGCGACGCCACAGCCACCGACAGGAUAUACGCCAUAUGCGGGCCCAGGGCAGGUGGCUACUGGAGUUGCGAUUGCGACAUCCAUAGCCUAUGCAUCGGCUGCACCAGUGGUGGCCUGCGCCAUGCCGCUGGAGACGUCGCCAGUGUGCCAGAACGGCUUUCCAUGCACACCUCAUGCCGAAAGUAUUCCUGUCACUGGAAUGGCUGUCUCCAGCCGGUCUGUGCAGCAAACUUUAUCACAAGCGCAGGUUCAACUGCCGGGUAAGCGGAAGAGCUUACUCGUUGGUAUAAACUAUUUUGGCACAGAGGCCGAGCUGUCUGGAUGUAUUGCAGAUGUCAAGAGAAUGCAGCCGUUUCUGGCGCAAUUCGGCUUUCCCUCUGACCAGCACUGCCAGAUGGUGUUGCUCGAUGAACCUGGUUGGCCUCACUACCGACGUCCCACCUUGGCCAACAUGCGACAAGCAAUCCGAUGGCUCGUGCAUGAUGUUCAGACAGGAGACGCGUUGUUCUUCCACUACUCCGGGCAUGGAGGCCGCGAGCCCUCUGCCUCAGGAGCAGACGGAUAUGUGGAGACUCUCUGCCCGGAGGACUAUGACGAAGCGGGGAUGCUGCUGGACACAGAACUAUUCGAGACACUGGUGCGGCCCUUGCCAAGUGGUUGUCGUCUUACCUGCCUCAUGGACUGCUGUCACAGUGGUGGUGUACUCAACUUGCCUUACCUCUUCACCGGCACCGAAGCCAACCUGAAGCAAGCUUUGGCUGGCAAAGCCGUGUCUCUAGCCCUCUCCAAGGAUUGGCUGCGGGAUCUGCAGUCUAUGCGCUCAGGAAACCCAGUCGAACUUCUGGAAGAUGCCGCUAGCAUGGGCCUGGGGUUGUGGGGCCUCUGGAAGGAACACCAGGCCACAAAGGGCACGAACGAAGCCGGGUUCUCCACCGACGAAGCUGGCAAUGUCGGGCUCGCUGUGGGCGAGGUUGUGGCAAUCACCGGAUGCCGCUCUGAUCAGACGAGUGCAGACGUGGGUAACGUCCAAGCGCAGUUCCACAUCCAGCCAUCCCGGCGCGGGUCAGUGCUGAUUGGACGGCGACGUUCCGCAACCGGGGCCGCUGGGGGUGCAUUGACCUCUGUCUUUAUCGAAUCGCUGCAGGACCAAUCCGCGGCUUCGUUCACAUACUUGACUCUGCUUGAACGGAUUCGCGCUCGCCUUGAUGAGGAGGACUUUGAGCAGGUGCCGCAGCUGGCAACAUCCCUCCUCAUCGAGCUGAGUCAAGUGUUCUCCUUGACGACGAUCUCGCUGCCUGCACAGACCAGCGCUCGCGGCCAUCCAACCGGGACAUGCAUGGAUGGCAGCCCUGGCAUCGCAUCAGGAUCUUCUGCCCUGCUUGCCGGUUUCCUCAGUUCGAUGGCAUCUGCUCCGCAGGGAGCCGCAAUGCUGAAUGGAGCUCGAGGCGCUUUCGACGGGGCGACUGCACUCGGAGGGCUAAGUGCAGUGGCACAAGGCUUUGCAGCGUCACAGCUGCUUGGAGGAGGUGGCAGUUGGUGGCAAGAAGAUGGGUUCGAACAGCGACCUUCCAUCCAAACGGACGGAGCAAGCUCAAGCUCAAGCUCAAGUGCGAGCAGGUCUGAUGAGGAGGUAGGCCCAGAGCCAAUUGAUGAGGUGGACGACUGGCUGCCCUCGGAUGUUGAGGAUGUCGCAGAGGCGGUGAUGGACGUUUUCGACGACGUGGCACUGCUCCGGAUGCGAAUCCCACCUCUGCCACAGCUCUGGGCAGUUCUUGCAGCAGUGAAGGGCGAGGCUCUGCCAAAGAAGCCGAGGCACCCGCACUCCAAGACACGCAAGAAGCAGCCCAGCCAGCUUCCCGCUCACAUCAAGGAGCUUUGCCGAGUCCACCGAGGGCUGAGCGAGAUUCAAGCACGGCAUGACCAGUUGCCUCUCCCUCUCCAGAUCUCGGUGAGACAAGCAGCACAGUAUUUGCUAUUACCGGGCGUCUUGGGAGACUGCGUCAAUGUCGUCGGCACUUAUGCGGAUCGCGGCACGAUGGCAGCAGUUCGGGAGGCUGGUAGCGAUGUUGCAGACUACAUGGCGCAGUUCCAGCUGUUUCGGCUGCUGCAUAUCGCGAAACUCAACAAGGACAUCUUCGGAGAGCCGAAGAAGAAAUCCCUGACCAAGAAAAUAAAAGACACACGUGUCAAUCUGAAGCGCGUGUACUCCAUCGGCCCCGAGCGCGUCGAGGGCAUGUUGAAAGCGGCGUCGAAAGUGCGCCAUCCAACCCUGUCUCUGCGCAAGAGGAGAAGGCCAAAGUUGCCUUUCUUUGAGAUUUGGACGGCUUGCGCGACCAUAAACCGUGCCGCGACGCUCCUUGCGGACCUGGAGGCAGCUAAGUGCAAUAUCACUGGUCACGGAACUGAUUCGGAGAUGUUUGUGACUGCUGAGGAGUUCGCGGACAGGCUCGACAGGCAAGCAUCGAAAUCCAAAGGCAAGACCGGUGAGGUCAUGAUCAACGUGGAUGUGAUCGAAACCAUCCUUUUGGAGGAUACAGGCGCGUCGCAAGAUGGCAAAUUUAUAAAGCCAGAUGCCGUGGAGAAAGCCUUUGAUAGGGUCAACUCGAACAAUGAGGAGCCCCGUCACAGCAAAGAUCGGAAGGGCACAGGCUUCAUCACCAAGGCCAUGAUGAUGGACAUUCUGUCCAAGGUCGAGGACGAGGGCGACGAGGAAGAGAUUCAGUCAACUGCAGAAGCAGUUUCAGGCACCGGGCCCGCUCGGCGGAAUUCUCGGUGCAAGGAGCGCAAAGGCACUGGCUACGUUAGCAAGGACAAGCUCCAAAAGCGCCUCGGCCGGACAUCAGCAAAAGACAUCAGAAGACUGUAA